AUGCCUGGCUGCAUUAGUAACAGGAAGCAUAGAAAAACUAUUCAAACUAACAGAGAUUCGAUGGAUACUGAAGAUAAUAUGCAUAGUUUAAAAAGUAAAGAUUCCGCAUCGAAAAUCACCACCGAAAAAACAGUAAAAAAUGGGAAUCAGUUGAAAAUCACAACAAUGUUGGCUUCAAAGAGAAAUAGGUGUGCUACAGAAGAACAGGAAGAGAAUAUCAUUAAAAAGGCCAAAUGUGAGGUUUCUGCUGUAGAGGAAGUUGAAAGAAAUGAAAAUAGUUUAAUUGAUUGUAAAAAAACAAUACAAAUAAAUGAUGAUACUAUGAAUUUAGAAAAUAAUAUGGAUGUUAAUUUAUUAAACAAAUGUGAACAGAUCACAAAUUGUGAUGAAGUUGAAAAUAUUAUAAAAAAUAAACAGAGGAGUGAUGAUGAAUUGACCAAGUCUGGAGAUGUAAAUGGCGUAGAAAAGAAAAUUUUUACUAUGACAUCUGCAGACACAGAAAAGUGUGAUAUUUGUGGACAAUUUUUAAAUAAUUCUGAUAUUAUUUACUACCAAGGGCACCCACAGGAUGCUGUAGAAGAAUUUAUUGCAUUGACAAAUGAAAAGUUAUUGUUAGCUUCAGGUGAUGAUGGAGAUAUAAUGGAAAGACCUCAGACAAAUAUAACUGGUUUUUCUAUUUUUGAUCAACAUGGCCAUCUUUGUCCAAUUGAUGGCGGUCUUGUUGAAAGUGAUGUGAGGAUCUAUAUGUCAGGAUAUUUAAAAUCUAUUUGCUCCGACUCACAAGAAAUUGAUGAAGAGUGCAUUCCUGUAAAAGAUGUUGGACCCAUUAUUGAAUGGUUUAUACAUGGAUUUGACGGCGGAAUGAGAAACUGCAUAACACUUUCUACUGAAUUUGGAGAAUAUAAUUUAUUAAAACCCAGUGAGCAGUAUAAUCCCCUUAUGGAUAACUUAUAUGAAAAAAUCUGGCUUAGUAAAGUUGUUGUAGAAUAUUUGGAAGAAUACCAUUAUCUGCAACCUACCUAUGAAGAUUUAAUUGGAGUUGUUUGCCAAUCCACAAUCCCUGAACUUAAUGACAAGAAAAUGUCAGAAGAUAUGUUACACAAACAUGCACAGUUUGUGUGUGAUCAAGUUGUGAGCUUAGAGACUAAUGAAGACGAUGAACCGUUAAUAACCUUGCCAUGCAUUAGAGAACUAAUAAAGUUAAUGGGUAUCAAAUUCGGUAAAAGGAAAAUUCGUACGAAAAUAGACUACAAGAAAGUUGAUAAAAAAACUUGGACUAAAGCUACAACUACUCCUCUUGUGCAAAAAACUUUUGAAAGUUUCUUUACAAAUCAGUUAGACAAAACUAAUCAUGAGUUAGUUUUACGAAGGAAAAGAUGUGGCGUGUGUGAAGCUUGUCAACUGCCAGAUUGUGGGGAAUGUAAUGCAUGCCGAGCUAUGGCGAAAUUUGGUGGGCACGGGAGAACUAAAAAAGCUUGCGUUCGUAGAUUAUGCCCUAAUAUGGCUGUAGAACAGGCGGAAGAUUCUGAGCCAGAAGAUGAAGAAGAAUAUCGCCAAAUGGCCGAACGAAAAGAACGCGAUAAAAUUGACGAUGCAGUGCCUGUUAAGUUGACUGGUUCAAAUAACAAGAAAAUUACGUGGAUCGGAGAUCCAAUAAAAGCUGAUGCUACUAAAGUUUACUAUGAGAGGGUUGAGAUUGAUGAUUCUGAACUAAAAAUUGGUGAUUUCGUUAUGGUUGAAACAUCUCAAGCUAACAUUCCCGCUUUAGUCACAAGAGUCACAUAUAUGUGGAAAGAAACUUUCAACUCAAAAUGUGGUUAUUUUCACGGUGAAGUUUUCAUAAGGGCUUCAGACACGGUUUUGGGAGAAGUAGGUGAUCCGAGAGAAGUGUUUUUAGGAGAUCGUUGUUGCCAUGGUGCACCUUUGUCCUCAAUUUUAAGAAAAGCUAAUGUAGAAAAAAGAGAAACUGCGAAAGAUUGGUUUAAACUUGGUGGCAAAAAAGUAGAAGAAGAAUUUUUUGAAGAUGAUGGAAAAACUUACUUUUAUAAUAAAUAUUACGAGAGAUUUACGGCACGCUUUGAAAAUUUGCCAGAAGACCCGUUGUGUCCCAAUGACUUGAGGAAACAUCGGUUUUGUCCAUCUUGUGAAAGGAAAACAAGAAGAGAUGCUAAAGAUAUACCUAAGGUUUUUGGAAAACUAGUAGAAAAAUCCAACUUUGUAACAGAAUCUAACAGAUCGGAAUGGACAUUGGUUAGGUGGCAAGAUUAUGACUACAAAAAGGGCAUGGGCGUUUUCCUAAAACCCGGCACAUUUAAACUUAAAAAUAAUUAUACAAAUACAAUGAGCAAUAACAAUAAAAUCAAGUUAGAUAAAAUAGAUGAAGACAUUUAUCCCGAAUAUUAUCGGAAAAGUGAUAAUAAUUUACGUGGUUCUAACAUAGACACUGGGGAACCUUUUUGUGUAGGUCAUAUUGCUGCAGUUACCGCAGCUGGCGAAGGGCCUCUUGUAGUUCCACAGGACAUAUAUAUCAAAGUUAAUGUGCUAUACAGACCAGAAAACACUUGUAGUCGAUUUCCUCAACAGGAAGAUUUGAAUGUUGUAUAUUGGAGUGAAGAGAUUAAAGAGAUCUCAUUCUCUUCUGUAGUAGGGCCGUGUAAUUUAAUUUACGAAAGAAAUGUUCCGCAUCACGAAACGUUACAUGAAUGGCUUGAGAAAGAACCAAGUAGAUUUUACUUUAGAAUGGCCUAUAACAAAGUUACUAAAGAAUUUGAAGAUGUACCUCACCAUGCCACAGCUGUCGGUAGGAUGGAUAAAGGUAAAGAUAAGGGUAAAGGGAAAGGUAAAUCCAGCAAGCCUGUGGAUCCAAACUUAGCUAAAGUAGAAGAAGUGAAAAUAAGACCAUUAAGAACUUUAGAUAUAUUUGCUGGAUGUGGGGGUCUUUCUGAUGGCUUACAUCAAUCAGGCGUUGCCGAAUGCAAAUGGGCAGUUGAAAACUUGGAGGCUGCUGCGCAUGCUUACUCUCUUAAUAAUAGAAAUUGUAUAGUUUAUAAUGAAGACUGCAAUGCACUAUUAAAAGAUGUUAUGUCAGGUGCCACACACAGUAAAGGUGGUCUAAGACUUCCCAAGCAGGGGGAAGUUGAGUUACUAUGCGGCGGGCCACCUUGCCAAGGCUUUUCCGGCAUGAACAGGUUCAACUCUAGAGAGUAUUCCAACUUCAAGAAUUCUCUUGUUGCUUCAUAUUUAUCAUAUUGUGACUACUAUCGACCUAAAUUUUUUAUAUUAGAGAAUGUCAGAAACUUUGUGGCUUUCAAAAAAGGAAUGGUUUUAAAACUGACUCUUAGAGCGUUGUUGGACAUGGGCUACCAGUGUACCUUCGGUAUAGUUCAGGCUGGGAAUUACGGAGUACCACAAACAAGAAGACGGCUUAUUAUUUUGGCAGCCGCUCCCGGUUACAAGUUGCCAUCAUAUCCGGAGCCGACGCAUGUUUUUAGUAGACGUGCGUGUUCUCUGACGGCUACUAUAGAUGGCAAGCGAUUUGUAACGAACAUUAAAUGGGAUGAAUCUGCGCCGAGGCGAACGUGCACCAUACAUGAUGCCAUGAGCGAUCUACCGCGAAUAUGCAAUGGUGCAAACCAAAUAGAAAUCGACUACGGCUCAAUGCCAGAAAGUCAUUUCCAGCGUUUGGUUAGGAGUAAGGAUGAAAGUGCAAAACUACGAGAUCAUAUAUGUAAAAACAUGGCCCCCCUUAUCCAAGCCCGUAUCAGUAGGAUUCCAAUGACUCCUGGAUCUGACUGGAGGGAUUUACCUAAUAUAUCAGUUACACUUUCAGAUGGCACUAAAUGCAAGGUUCUCCAGUAUAGAUACGAGGAUAAGAAGAACGGUCGUUCUUCGAGCGGUGCUCUGCGAGGUGUUUGCGCAUGCGCGGCUGGUGGGGUCUGUUCGCCGCAUGACAAGCAGGAAAACACGCUGAUACCCUGGUGCCUGCCGCACACGGCCAACCGACACAACAACUGGGCCGGCCUCUACGGGCGCGUGUCGUGGGACGGGUACUUCAGCACGACGGUGACGGACCCCGAGCCCAUGGGCAAGCAGGGCCGCGUGCUGCACCCCGAGCAGCACCGCGUAGUGUCGGUGCGCGAGUGCGCGCGCUCGCAGGGCUUCCGCGACGCCUACGUGUUCGCCGGCUCCGUGCAGGACAAGCACCGCCAGAUUGGAAACGCUGUACCACCACCUCUUGGAGCUGCACUGGGUCGAGAAAUUAAAAAAGCGCUAAGCAUAUCACAAAAAAGGAUAGAAUUAAGUAUGAGCUAA